UGUAGAACGCAAUAAUGUUUCCGGGGGUUGUAUUUACCAAGCGCACGCAGAGACCCGUGUGAGAGCAGAGAUGGCGAACGGAGAGGGCAGCACGCUGGAGAGCUGCUUACAGUUACUAAACAGCAACACAGUACACCCGGUGCUAUUUCUCAGUGUCCAGGAUGCUCUGGCAUCAGACUUCAAAUCACUUACCAAGACACUUUAUGAUCUGCAUAAAGCCCACGAGCCUGCAGACUGCAAAGGAAGCCCACUGGAACAGCUGGUCAUCGAAAACUUUGAUGAGGAGCAGAUCUGGCAGGAGCUGGAGCUCCAGAACACUGCUUUACUGACACACUUUGAGGAGGAAGUUGAGCAAGCUGUCACAGAUGACACUUUAACAUUUCUCAAAGAUCCAGAGGAAGAAGAGGAGGAUGAAGAUGUUGAUGACGGGGAAAUUGCUAAUCAUUUGGAAGAAGAGAGUGCAGAGGAAGAUGAGGAGGAUGAUGAUGAUGAUGAUGAUGAUAUGGACAGAGAGGAGGAAGUUAAGCAGAGGUUGAGAACAUCUGCAAGCAACGAGGACGAUGACUUCUCUGGCGAAGACUCGGAUUUGGACUUUGAUGUAGAUCAAUUUGAGAAAAAAAACAAACUGCAACAGUCAGCUGCCAAAUUAUCAAAGUCUAACAGGACUCCAUCAGAAGUGGAUGACAGGUUUUUUAAACUGUCCGAAAUGGAGGCGUUUUUGGAUGACAUGGAUAAAAGAGAAGGAAAGGAGAGCGCAGAGGAGGACAUUGACUACUUUCAGAAUUUGCCGUCUGAUGAUGACCAGGAACUCAGUUUUGAUAAACCAGUAGGGCUGAAAAAACUGAGAAAGAACAAAAGCUCCAGAGAUCUGAAAUACAAAGAUUUCUUUGCUUCAGUGGAUGGAGAGCCUGAACAGACUGAUCCAGACGAAGAGAAGGAACCAGAAUCUAAUGAUGAUUAUGAGGGAAAAGAAGAUGAUGAUGAUGGUGAUCUGGAGGAGGAAGAUGAAGAGGAUAUGAAUGAGGAAGAUUUUGAUACGGAGGAGGAUGAUGGAGCAAGAAAUGCUUUACGCAAGGUGACCUUUGACCUUCCUGAUGACAGUGAGGGUGAGGAAGUGGAAGAUAUUCUAGGUGGAAAAGCCAAAAACAUGCCUAAACCUGAGUCCAAGUCAUCCUUUGAAAAGAGACAGGAAAAGAUGGCAAAAAAGAUUGAAGAACUGGAGAAUGCUGCGUUGUCUGAGAAGCCGUGGCAGCUGACAGGAGAAGUGAGUGCUCAGACUCGACCGGAGAACAGCAUGCUGGAAGAGGAUAUAGUGUUUGACCAGGCCUCUAGGAUGGCUCCAGCAAUCACAGAGGAAACUACCUUACAGCUUGAGGAUAUUAUCAAACAAAGAAUCAAAGAUCAGGUGUGGGAUGAUGUGGUAAGGAAAGAGAAGCCUAAAGAGGAGGUGUUUGAGUAUAAGAAGAGACUCACUCUGGACCAUGAGAAGAGCAAACUGAGUCUUGCUGAAGUUUAUGAGCAGGAAUAUAUCAAACAGACACAGGAAAAGAAGGAAGAGGAAGAGAACCCAGCACAUGUAGAAAUCCAGAAACUCUUGGACACACUCUUCCUUAAAUUGGAUGCGCUAUCAAACUUCCACUUUACACCAAAACCGCAUAUUCCUGAGGUGAAAGUGGUUUCCAACUUGCCUUCUAUUACUAUGGAGGAAGUGGCUCCAGUCAAUGCCAGUGAUGCCACAUUGCUGGCUCCAGAGGAGAUUAAGGAGAAGAAUAAGGCAGGAGACAUACUCGGAGACACAGAAAAAACCACCACAGAUAAGAAACGAGAGCGACGGAAGAAGAAGAAACUGAAGCAUCUGAAGAUUAAAGAGCGGGAGAAGAGACAGAAACUCAAAGAGGUGAUGAAAGGAGACAAGAAUAAGAAGAGUAAAACCGAGGUCGAACAGACUCUCAAGAAACUUACUAAAGGAGGAAAAGCCAAAAUACUCACGAAUGAUGGCAUGGAUAAGGCUCUGCGUUCCUCUCAAGCUUUCUUCUCCCAAUUACAAGACCAAGUCAAGAGCCAAAUCAAGGGCUCGAAGGACCAGACGGCGAAGAAAAAGAAACAAAAAGAGAUUUCUGCCAACAAGCUUAAGUUGUAAUGUUGACUUGUGUCAAAAGCAAUAUGUACAGUUAUUUAGUUUUAUGAGAAAUCUAAUUGUUGUAUCCUGUCUUUUUAUUCAAAUACAGAUUUCUUU